UUUUCUUACAGCGCACCAAACUCACUCUCCCGUCCAGCCCCCAGACAGAACUACAUCUCUGACAUUAGUUCACCACUCAUUCAGGAGGAUGGCGAUAACAAAAUGCUGAAAUUGCGUUUCGAUGUGAGCCAAUACGCCCCCGAAGAAAUCGUUGUCAAGACUGUGGAUCAGAAAUUGAUGGUAAGUGCCAUUGGAUUGCAAACACACACACACACACA